GGCGAAAGUUCAAACCCUAAACCACCUGCGGAAUCUUCCAAUAUGGAAAGAACAACAAUUUUCUGUAAUCUAUAUUGCAGAGUUCAUGGCGUUCUUCUUAGUUGAGGUCUCAUUUGCAUUAUUAGUUUCUAGUUUAGUACAUGUCAAAAUCCGUGAUCGUACGUACAUCCAUGGCGAGACGUGGGGCAGAAACAGUAGGGAAGACGAGGAUGCCGAAGGGGGAUGCACUUCCAUAGCAUGGCCACCGUCAUCCUCCUCUUCUUCUGUUCCCGCACGCGGGGCCACCUCACAGCUAGAGAGAGCACCUCUCCCCACCACCGCGCCUUCGUCCACGUCUUAGCAAUCUACUCGCUGUGACGUGUGGAGAUGAACUCGGCGCAAGUUGCCUGCGGCGAGAUUAGGAAGAGGGCUUCCCCGCUGGUGGCUGGUGCUAAGAGCUUGCAGCGAGUUGGUAGCGGCGGAAGCGACGUCAUCGACCCGGAGGUGGGCGUCGAGGCCGAGUCCCGGAAGCUGCCGCCCUCGCAGUACAAAGGCGUCGUCCCCCAGCCCAAUGGCCGGUGGGGCGCGCAGAUCUACGAGAAGCACCAGCGCGUCUGGCUCGGCACCUUCAACCGGGAGGCCGAGGCCGCGCGCGCCUACGACGUGGCCGUGCAACGGUUCCGAGGCCGCGACGCCAUCACCAACCUCAGGCCGCUGAACGAUGCCGACAACAACGACGACGCGGCCGAGCUUUUCUUCCUUGGUUCUCAUUCCAAGGCGGAGAUCGUGGACAUGCUCAGAAAGCACACCUACAACGAGGAGCUACAGCAGAGCAAGCGAUCCUUCGGUGCCGACAAGAAGGCGGCUACUUCUCCCGGCGAUACGAAGUCACCUAUCGGAACCCAAAGGCAGCACCUCUUUGACAAGGCGAUGACGCCCAGCGACGUCGGCAAGCUCAACCGAUUAGUGAUACCGAAGCAUCACGCUGAGAAGCACUUCCCGGUGAUGGAGGCCGGUGGCGCCGCCAGCAGGGGCGUGCUGCUAAGCUUCGAGGACUCAAGCGGGAAGGUAUGGCGGUUCCGAUACUCCUACUGGAACAGCAGCCAGAGCUACGUGCUGACCAAAGGUUGGAGUCGGUUCGUCAAGGAGAAGGGCCUCGGGGCCGGCGACGUGGUCACCUUCCAAAGGUCGACUGGCCCGGGGAAGCAGCUGUUCAUCGAUUCCAAGUCGCCCGUGCAGAUCUUCAGGCUCUUCGGCGUCAACAUUGUUAGGACUCCGGCGGCAGGGAGUGCCGCCUGUUGCGGAACUGGAAAGAGGACCAGAGAUCGGAUGGAGUUGGCAUCAUCACAAGAGAUGGUCAAGAAGCAAUGCACAGAGUCUUUGUAGUGUUGUUGCCACUUUGCUUAGGCUAAUCGUCACUUCCCUCCAAAUAUUUCCCUUCAACUUCAAGUGUCUGUGUAUAUUAGACAGAGAUGGAAAAGCUGAAGCCUAAUGAACAGAAUGAUUGCAUUAAAAGGUUCUUUUCCCCUCAUAUUGCUCUGUUCAAGGAGCUCUAUUUCCCUCAGAUUGUGCCGAAGAAUGACCGCACAAUGAAUCGAAUUAGGUUUGAGUGUUU